AUGUUCAGCAACAAUAAAGGAUUCGAUGCCACCAAACUCAAAGCAGCACUCAAGCUGGCUAGCAGCCGCUUUGAUGUGGCCAAAAACAAAAAGUCGGCGCUCAUGAAACAAAACAUGAGAGAAAUUGCCAUGUUACUGGCCGAAGAGCCUCCUAAAGAAGAAAAGGCAAGGAUUCGAACGGAACGAUUGAUCAAAGAUGACUACUUGAUUGAAGCAUAUGAGAUUCUUCAACUGGAAUGCCAAUUGCUGACCGAGAGAGUGCAGCUAUUGAAGCACUCCAACAAGAAUGAGUGCCCUGCCGAUCUUGUGCCAUGUGUGUCCGACUUGAUCUAUGCGGCUCCUCGGGUAGAGAUUCCAGAGCUUCAAGAAAUCAGAAAGCAGCUCAUUUCCAAGUUUGGCAAGACACUUGCCAUGGAUGCGGACAACAAUAAGGAUGGUGUGAUCAGUCCCAGGAUUGUGGAAAAGCUGUCUCUGGCUCCCCCCACGGCGUACAUGGUGCAAAACUACAUGACAAAAAUUGCCAAGCUGCAUGAAGUCUCCUAUGAGCCCACAGUACAGUUGACAUUGGAAGAGGCAUUUGAGCCAGUAGCUGCCCCUGUUGGAUAUUCCGUUCCAGUGGCCACCGGCACGGGGCUAGGUGCGGCUGUUCAACAAGAGACAGCAAGCCAAGAAGCCAAAAUGCCACCCACAAACCCUUACUUCAAGAAGGACUCAGUGACAGUGGUAGAAGCAUUCCCGUGUGCUCCAGGAAGUGAAGAGCAUCAUGACCAGUCCCAUCCCAAUGUGAGCCCAUCUGCUCCUGUAAUCUCAGCAGCUCCUUUUGAAGUGGAAGUGGAGGCAGAGGAGACGGACACAGUCCAGCCCAAACCAAUAGUCCCAACGAAGGAAUUCCCAUCAGAGACAGAGAAAAUCAUGGAUGUAGAGGAGAAAGUUGAUAGCAGGGAUGCUCAGGAGGAAUCUUUGACCGAUGAGAGUCUUUCUCUUCCAAGGCGGCUGAUAGUUGAACCAGCCUCAGCGGACGAGAACACAACCAACAAGAUGGAUCUCUAUAAUGUAAUGACUGGAAUGAGUGUCCCUGUCAUCAAACCAGAACAAGCUUCUCCCGAGGAAGAACCAGAAAUCAUCGUCAAUCCUGAAGAAGAGUUGAUUGAAGACAAAGACAUGAAUGAAAGCCAUGAUGUCAUGGAUGCCAAGGAUGAGACCAAGGUUGAGGUAGCCCAAAUCAUGCCACGCGAGCUGAAGAAUCCAAUUUCAGAGGAAUCUGAACUAGAGCUUCUAAGGAAUCGGUUCCAAGCACUGGCUGCACCACGGGAGGAUACCAAGAACCUUGAUGAUGCCAAAGCCACCAAAAAUAUGGACAACGCAAAAAAGCAUGUGGUUGAGCUGGACAAAAGCGAGAACCCUGACUCCAGAUCUGCUUUGAUUGUGAGUCGCAAUGACCUUGAGCAGGUGCCCGAUCAUGAGGAGGAACCCCUUUUGGCUGCUUACUAUGAAGAGCCGAAGACCGAAGAUUCGGUGGAUAAAACAUCAAUGCUACAGUUGGACAAGGUAGAAGGUCAGUUGAGCACGACAGAAGAAAAGUAUGACAUUGCAGAAGAACGUUCGAAAAAUACAGACGAGCAGCAGUUGGACAAGACCGAAGAGCAGAUAGACCAUCAAAAGAAGAACUUGAUUGACGAUUCUAAGAGCCAGAGCAAUCAAGGAGAGGAGAACUUGAAAACAAAGCCAUCAAGUAACACUGGAGCUGCAGAAGACCACAUUACAGGAGCUGCCUUUGCCGGGGGAGCUGUUGGGGCUGCAGUGGCCGGGCCUUUAGGUGGGAUCCUUGGUGCUGCAGGUGUAGCACACUUGGCGGCCAACAAGAAAGGAAAGGCCGCUGAUAUUGCCAGGAAAUGUGGCAAGAAAGUUUCAAAGAUGACCAACAAAUUGGUCCAGAAGCUGGAUCUUGCCUAG